CGCUCCAUAAGCUGCUGUGCAGCCGCUCAGUUUGAGCAGAGGAGCAGAAGGAGAGCACAGAGUCGCUGAGGGAGGGAGAGAGGACGGAGCAGAGAGCUCAGAUAUUAGAGACUGGUUGUAGUGCUGCAAGGCGCGUAAAAGGCGCGUUUUCGUUUUUACGCAGAGCGAAAAGUGUUAAAGAUGAACAGGUUUUAAUAGAUUGUUAUCGACGUAUCCACGAAAAAUACUUGUACUGAAUUAAUGAAUUUGAUAUUUCCAAGACAGCAGAGUCUUUAAGUGAACAUUGCAGACACUUUCAGCAGAGCGAGAGGCGGAGAAGCUCUUCUGAAACUUUUGAUUGUUCACUUUGCAUUUGGCACCGGGGUCUUUAACCUUGCUAUAUACUGAAUCGGGUUUACAGACAGGGAUUUUUAGUGUGACUUUCGGUCUUACACAGCAAAAUGGAUCCUUUAUUUAAUACCACCGACGUGCCAAAUUGGACAAACGACACCAGUAACAGGACCGUGAACUGGAACCAGUUUGUGCAGCCAGUCUGGAGAAUUGUCCUGUGGGCCAUUGCGUACAGCUGUAUAGUGAUUGUGUCCGUGGUAGGCAAUCUUACGGUGAUCUGGAUUAUCAUGGCUCAUAAACGCAUGAGGACGGUCACCAACUAUUUCCUACUGAACCUGGCGUUCGCUGAAGCCUCCAUGUCCGCCUUCAACACGGUGAUCAACUUCACAUACGCCGUGCACAACGAGUGGUACUUCGGACUGGUCUACUGCCGCUUCCAUAACUUCUUUCCGAUCGCGGCUGUCUUUGCCAGCAUCUACUCAAUGACUGCCAUCGCUCUGGACAGGUACGUGGCCAUCAUCCACCCUCUGCAGCAGCGCAUGUCGUCUACGGAGACCAAGGUGGUGGUGGGAGUGAUCUGGGUGCUGGCUCUGCUCCUGGCCUUCCCCCAGUACUACUACUCCACCACAGCCCAGCUCCCCGGCCGGGUGGUGUGCUUCAUCGACUGGCCCGAAUACACCAUGUGCGACUACAAGAAGAUGUACUAUGUGUGUGUGGCCAUCCUGAUCUACUUCCUUCCUCUGCUGGUGAUGGGUUGUGCUUAUCUGGUGGUGGGACUGACCCUCUGGGCCAGUGAGAUCCCUGGAGACUCUUCCGACCGCUACAAGGAGCAGCUGACUGCCAAACGCAAGGUGGUGAAGAUGAUGAUCGUGGUGGUGUGUACGUUUGCCAUUUGCUGGUUGCCUUUCCACGUCUACUUCCUGCUGCACCAGUUCUUUCCUGAAAUGUUUGAAAAAACAUUCAUCCAGCAGGUUUACCUGGCCAUCAUGUGGCUGGCUAUGAGCUCCACCAUGUACAACCCCAUCAUCUACUGCUGCCUUAAUGACAGGUUUCGUGCUGGUUUUAAGCAAGCUUUCCACUUCUGCCCCUGUGUCCCUCGAGGCUCCUACGAAGGCCUGGAACUCAAGUCCACUCGCUACCUUCAGACACAGACAAGUGUUUACAAGGCCAGCCGGAUGGAGACCAACGUGUCCACUAUUCUCCAGGUUGGGGAUGACAUGGAGCAGCCAAAGGUCAAGGCGAUAGCAGGUCCAGGGCUUGGAGGGGCUGUGGUCGGGGCCAAACCACAUGGCUCCUCACUGGACCUCACCUCGAAUGGGUCAUCAUCCCGAAGCGUCUCCAAAACUGUAUCGGAGACGUCCAGUUUCUACUCCAGUAACAACCUGCAGGAAUAGACCUGAAAGACACGUGGCGUUUUGCCGGACAGCAGGGAGAGUGAGUGAGUUGACUGUUCACAUUGUUGCUUUUGCCUGCGUGUAUUCCUGCAAAAGUACAGCGUGAAUGUGUGAGUUUGUCUGCCAGUGACUGUGGCUUUGAGUUUUUGAUGAAUACAUUUCCAGUGUGUUCACUGGAACAUUAUGUUAGGUAAUUUGCAAGUGAGACGAUGUCCCUGGUCACUGAGUGUGUCUUCACCCACAACGCCCUUGUAUAAAAUACUCAUGCCACUCACAGCUAAUGAUCAACUCCCAUUAGAAAGGUUUGCUUGGUGCCAAAAACUGAUGAUGAGCCCUUAGACGACAUGAGCACAUUCCAGUUCAAAAGCCAAACAGAAGCAGACGCUAGUGCCUCCAAUCUUCACAGCCUCUACUUGUCACACCAACCAUCUCUCAGUGCGGAGUGAAGGUUCACACAUCCGCAGUCACACAGGCUGUGUGACUUCACACAGUCUAUUUUGGAGCGGAGCUAUAACAUGAGACCAGCAUGCUGUGAACACAACAUUUUAACAGGGGUGUUCUCUGCAAAAUAGACACAGCUUGGAGACCUUGGGUUUUCAGAAAGUUCUCUACACCUCUAGUGGAGAAAACCUGGCUUCCACAGGAACUCUCCCCCCAGAAGGUCCACGUUGAAAACACAGGCAGAUGUGUGGUUUCAGUUGAAAGGCUCUGCCAGAAGAAAAACAACAAAGCAUAAACUCUGAACUUUGCAUGUUUGA